AUGGCUGUACCUACUAUCACAGUCUCCUUUCCUAAAGCCACCCCCGGAUCUCCCACGACCCGGGCUGUAACAUCCCCUGUGGAGUGGGAUCACUAUUAUUCGGGCACACGCUUUUCCGAGAAUCGAGACAUCAAAAUGAACCGAACGCAAGGUGUUGAGAAUAAUGGUGUCUGCGAUGUUGAGGAGGGGGGCUUAGACGAGAACUUUGUGUAUGGCCGUCUUUCACCUGUCCCUGCUCGACGAGAUUCGAAGACACUGUCUGAAUUUAACGGCUACCUUCCUGGAUACAGGUUUGUUGGUAACCGCGAUAUUGAGAUGGGUGAGGCCGAUGUGAAGUGGCCGGGCUCGUUUCAUGAGUUCACCUUUGAGUAUCCGUUUCUCCCUGCCGAGGACUUUGAGGGUUUCAGCGGCUGUUGGCGUGAGGAUGGCAAUGAGGCUGACGUCUCGGAGUCUUGUUUUGAGGAGUCGAGUAAAGAGAGUUCCGACACUGGUGGCUCAUCAGAGGACGAUAAUGUCUCUAACGCGUAUGGAGAUGCCCCUCGAAGGCUUUCUGGCAUGGAAGACACCUACUGGGGACUUCGAAAGCGUGAUUUUGACGAUUAUGAGCAGGGUCAAAUUGAAGAGGACGAGUCUGACGAUGUUCAGCUCGAGGAGCCUUGUCCUGAGAUUGAUGAUGGUAACGAUACACCAUCUGAGGAUGAGAUGGACAUGGAACAUGUCAUGGACUGUGGUUGUUGCUCUGACCUCUACUUCAACUCCACUAACGCUCCCCAUGAUCACGAAUAUUCGCUCGAGGACUAUCCUUUUCAGGGUGAUGAUGUUGAGAUCGGGGAGAUGCCUCGAAGACUCCCGACCAUUCACGAGGAGGAAGAACCAGUGAGUCACUUUCCCUACGGAUAUGCAGAGUACGUGCCUGGGUUUGCCCAUGCGGACGAGGGCUUUGGGGCUGGGGAUGACUCCUACCUUGGUCAAAUUGUGUUCGUUGUGCAGCAGGAAGAGAGUGAGGAUGACUCCGAUCCUGAUGAAGUUGUGGUUGUUACGCAGGCGGAAGAGGGUGAGGAUGAUGAUGGCCCCUACUUCAACGAGGCUCAACUUGAUUCGGCCGAGGUUAGAUACACUUUCGUCUGA